GUCCCUAUUCCCAGCCGGGCGGGGGGCGCGCUCCGCAGUGAGUACCCCGGACACGUGGCCUGAGCCGGCUGGGGCGGGGGCCGAAGCCGGUGGGCUGGAAGGGAUGGCCGGAACGUUGCACUCGGUCCCGAGACCCCCGCCCCCCCCCCCCCCCCCCAGUAACGGUCGAGGUUGAGAAGUCUCUUUAAUCAUCCCUCAUUUAAUAUCCUUGUUUUUACAGAAGGGGAAACUGAGGCCCAAGGAAUUUGGGUACUUUUCCUAGUCACAAAGCUGAGUCCGACCCACACCUUGGGACCCCCCACUCUCUCCAUCACCCGGAAGACUCUUCCGGGUCCUUGCCUUCCCAUUCUGUCCUCCGGCUUCCCAAUAAGGUAGGCAGGGCCUGACGGUGCAUAGCCCCAUUUUAUAGAUUGAGACUGUGGCCUGGAGGGUUCAAACCCCAGUCGUUUGCCCAUGGGCAAGUCCUGGAGGGGUGGGGGGUUGCUUGUGAGGGUGCAGGAGGAGGCUUGCAGUGGGUGCUUUGGCUCCGGCCAACGGUGGCACCUGUCCGCCUUUCUGGACAACCUUUAACCCAGUCUCACUCAAAUCCCUCAGCCAGGUGGUGCCAAGCUAGUGUUUUUCAUUCAGUGAAUACUUAAAAAGCAUCAACUAUGUGUGAGGAGCAUCCUGGGGAACCUGGGGAUGAACAACCCUCCGUCCUCCCACCCUUUAGCUCAGACCAGCUGCCUGUGUGAAAGACAGGCUAAGCUGUACUCAUUAGAUGAGAUUCAUGAUGUGAAGGCCAGAGAAGGGGAUGGGGACAUUUGAGCUGGGCUUCAAAGGGUGCAAAGGAGUUUGCGUGUUGAAGAUCGAGGCAAAGGAGCUUUCUACAUGUUUCCUGCAGGAACUGGCAGGGCAGGAUUUUCUUAAUCCCCAUUUUACAGAAGAGGAAGGAGAGGCUCAGAGGUUGGACAGCUUGCCCGGGGAUGCACCACAGGAAGAAGCAGAUGCUGGAACGUUCCUGUGGAAAGGGGGGCUAGGGCCAGAGGGGCUGUGCUGGGGCUCUGUGGAAGCACACAGCCCCAAGACUGCCCUUGACUACCUUCAGCCAAGCCAUGUAUGACAGAAGCCCCCCUGGCUUACUGUCCCCAGCACUGCCUCUUGCCUCCUCAGUCCUGAUGCUGCUAAUGAGCUGUCUGUGGCUGGUGGGGGCUGGCCCCAGCCUUGCCCUGGCUCCGGAGCUGCUGCUGGACCCCUGGCAGGCACACAGGCUGCUGACCCAUGCUGUGGGCCACACGGCCCUACCCAGCCUGCUGUUGAGUCUGUUGCUCCUGCCCACGCUGGGCUGGUGGCAAGAGUGCCACCUGGGCACGCUGCGGUUCCUGCAUGCCUCCAUCCUGCUCGCCCUGGCUGCUGGGCUAAUGGCUGUGCUGCUGGCAGGCCUUGGGGUGUCCAGUGCAGCUGGUGGCUGCGGGUACAUGCCUGUCCAUCUGGCCAUGCUGGCAGGGCAGGGUUACCACCCUAGAUGGCCCCAUGGGGCACUGCCGCCAUGGCUGUCACCAUGGCUACUGCUCAUCCUGACACCACUGCUCACCUCUGAGCCACCCUUCCUGCAUCUCCUCUGUGGUCUCCUUGCUGGCCUGGCCUACGCAGCUGGGGCCUUCCAGUGGCUGGAGCUCUCCGAGCGGCGGCUGCAGGUGCUGCAGGAGGGCUUCUUGUGCAGGGUCUUGGCGGAGUGCUGGCCGCUCAGGCUCCUUCCCACCCCAGGCAGCGUGGCUGAGCUGCCUUUCACCCUUCCUGGAGUGAGGCUUUCCACCCCUGGGCCUCCUCACAUGGCCUCCUCUAGGCUUUGGUCCCACAGCGAAGACUCAGCCUUGUUUCCGCCAGGCCUGGGGCCUAUGCAGCCGGCGUGGGACGGCUCCUCAGAGGCCGGCCUGGCCUGGACUGGGCCCAGCUUCCCCACAGGGACCCCGCUGUGGGCAGCCCUAGAUGAGCAGAUGCUGCAGGAAGGGAUCCAGGCCUCGCUCCUUGAGGGGCAAGCCCAGGUUCCCAAGAGCUCACUGUGGCUGCCUAAGUCUUCUGUCUCCUCUCUACGGCUGCAGCAGCUGGAGCGCAUGGGCUUCCCCACAGAGCAGGCAGUGGUGGCGCUAGCAGCCACAGGGCGCGUUGAGGGUGCCGUGUCACUGCUCGUCGGCGGGGAGGUGGGCGCUGAGGCCCUGGUGACCGAGGGGAGGGGUGGGCCCACUUACCCUGAGGGUCCUGGGCCCCCCUAGCACACAGGUCGGCCCUCAGGUGACAAGAGGCGUGGCUUAGGUGUCAGUAGUCCGAGUCCCAGCGUGCCAAGUCACAGUGGGUGCAGGAGAGGCCCCUACAGCACCCUGUACUGGUGCUGCUCAGAAUAAAACCAGUUCACUUUUCAGCCUGGA